UUAUCAUAGACUCAUGAUCAUUAGCCGAUGAAAGACGAAGUUAUAGUCGAGAUCAGUGAAUUCCCUGAAUCGGUCCGAAGACUCUAUCAAAUUUUCACUCAGAUUAACACUCAUCUUACAUUUUUAUGUUCCCAUUCAAGAUCGGUUAUCCCCACGUUUGAAUUACUUCAUAAAUUAAAUCAUGAUAUCACUAAACUAGACUUAACCAUAAUUAAGAAUCUCUUUCCUGAAGGGGAUAUAUUCUUUGGAUAUGUCGAUGAAAAUCAAGUCAUGCUCUCCUUUUUGGAGAAGGUCCAGUAUAAUAAACGAGACGGGUUUCGACAAAAUGAACCAGUGACGGUUGAAGAUGAGUAUGAGAAGAUUGCCAAGCAAUCAGAUGUGAUAAAGCAUUCCAAACAGUUACUAAUAUUUGAUUUUCAGGAUGUACGAGUUAAAGCGGCCACCAUAGUAGCUAGAAAUUAUAAGAAAAGACCACGAGAAGAUGAUUCAAAUAAUGAAUUCUUUUUAUCUAGUAGCUCAUUAACUACUCAACUGUUAUCUCAGACUAAUUUAAUGGCAAUAAUUAAGAGUAGAAAUGAGAAAUUUAAAACAAUUCUAUGGAAACAAUUACAAAAGUAUAACUCUUUCAAUGAUCCUUUUGAAAUGUUAGCGUUAAAGUUUGAACUGAAAAUCCCAAUUGAACCGGGAUUUGAACAUCCUGUAAGUAGUAAGGGUUCAGAAAUCAAACUCAACCAAACUCCAAACACUAAGGGAACUGAAGAAAUGAUUCUGGUAUUGAAAGAUGAAUCAUUUUAUAAAGAUCAAAUAGUUUCAAUUCACACAUUGAACUCUACUCAAGAAGCCGAUUAUCGAAAGUUUCUGAAUCAUGAAAUGAUUCACCCCGAUUUGAAACAGGCCUUUUUGGAGUAUAAGGGUAUUGCAUUAGAUGAAGAUUUAUAUUCACAUCAAGUUGAAGCAUUAGAAUCGUUAAUUCCAAUAUCAGGAAUCCCUGAUCAUGUUAUUGUUAGUACAUCAACGGCUUCUGGUAAGUCUUUAAUAUAUCAAGUACCAAUCUUAAAUGAUAUUUUAUGGGAUAUUGAGAGAGGAAAUAAACUGAGAGGUUCUACUGCAUUAUUUAUAUUUCCUACUAAAGCUCUUGCCCAAGAUCAAAAGAGACAUUUAGAAGAAUUAAUUAGUCAUAUACCAAUGAAUAAUGAUAGAAGAAUAGUUGUAGAUACUUAUGAUGGAGAUACUCCAUUUAAAGAUCGAAAGACUAUUCGACAAUAUGCCGAUAUUAUAUUUACCAAUCCGGAUCUAAUCCAUGUAUCAUUAUUACCUCAUUAUACUGAUAAAGAUUGGCAAACUUUUAUAAAGAAUUUGAAAUAUAUUGUCCUUGAUGAAUUACAUGUAUAUCGAGGAACAUUUGGAGUUCAUGUUAGUUAUAUUAUGGGCCGAUUAAUGAGACUACAUAAAUUUAUUAAUUCAGGAUAUCAAACAUUUCGAUUUAUUUCUUGUUCGGCUACUAUUCUGGAUCCAGAAUCCCAUUUUCGAACUAUUUGUAGAAUUCCUCAAGAAGAACAUAUUGUUCAUGUAUCUAUUGAUGGAAGUCCAUGUGUAGAAAAGAAGCUCAUAGUAUGGAGACCACCUCCUUUAAUGAAUAUUAGAGGUCAAACUCCAACCAUUGAUGGUACUAAUCAAUUAAUCCCCAGAGUAAAUAUAAUUCCUGAACUGGCAAAGAUAUUAGUUCAAUUACUUUGUAAACUUCCUGAUGUAAGAGUUAUAUUAUUUUGUCCUAUACGAGCUAUGUGUGAAUUAGUAAUGAAAGAAGUUCGAAUAAUUAUUAAGAGUAUGACGAAUCCAAACAUUUUGGAGAGUGAUGUAAUGGCAUAUCGUGGAGGGUAUUCUAAGAGUGAUAGAAGAAUUAUAGAACAAAAGAUGUUUACUGGAGAAUUGAGAGCUAUAGUAGCAACUAAUGCUCUUGAAUUAGGUAUUGAUUUAUCAUAUUUAGAUGUAGUUAUAACGUGUGGAUUCCCAACUCUGAAACUGAAUAUGCAUCAACAAUUUGGGAGAGCUGGUAGAGGAAAGAAUUCUUGUGGAAGUUUAGCUAUUUAUGUUGCUUCUGGUAUGCCAGUUGAUCAAUAUUACUUGGACCAUAGUGAAGAAUUAUGUGUCAAGGGUUCAUAUGAAGAUCUUUGCGUUGAAAAUUUAUCAAGCUUAAGUACUUCAAACUUUAUAUUGGAACAACAUUUACAAUGUGCAGCUUUUGAAGAACCAAUUGAUUUACAUAUAGAUUUGAAAUGGUUUACUACUGGUGAAGGUAGUCAAGAGGCAGCUAAAAUCUUUGAAGGGAUAUGUAAAUCCCGAUUAAUUGAGAAUAGUUUGAGAACAUUUGGACCUAAUCCUAUUUAUUUGCCUAAUCCAGCAAGUAUGGUAUCUAUUCGAGCUAUUGAAAAUGAUACAUUUGCAGUAGUAGAUAUAACUAAAGAUAGAAAUAUAGUCAUUGAAGAAGUUGAAGCCCUGAGAACAAGCUUUACAUUAUAUGAAGGUGGAAUAUUCCUACAUCAAGGUUUACCUUAUCUAGUAAAAGAAUUUAAUGCUAAGGAGAAAUUCGCUAAAGUAGAAAGAGUCCAAGUAGAUUGGACUACUCAACAAAGAGAUUUUAAGGAUGUAGAUCCUAUGGAGAUUCAAUUUGUCAAAGAACUUUAUUCAGAAGAUUUGAAUAGAACUUCCGAUAUUCCAAUUUUCUUUGGUAAAGUUCAGAUUACUUUGGUAGUAUUUGGAUUUUUUAAGAUUAAUAGAAAGAGAGAAUUUAUUGAAGCAGUUGAACUGAAGAAUCCUCCAGUUAUAAUUAAAUCUCGAGGGUUUUGGGUAGAUAUUCCUGACAAGGCAGUUUCAUUUACAAAGGCUAAAGAUUAUUCUUUGGCAGGAGGGAUUCAUGCUGCAGAACAUGCCAUAAUGAAUAUGAGUCCUUUAUUCAUUGGAGGUAAUAGUAUAGUAGAUGUACCAUUAGAUCGAUAUUCUGCCAUAGGAGAAUAUGAAUUAAAUACUGAAUGUAAAGCUCCAGAAAAGGAAUUCUCCACCAGACAGUCAAGAAGAAAACGUCCAGCUCGUUUAAUAUUUUAUGAUUCAAAGGGAGGAGAAUCCGGUUCAGGAAUGUCUGCUAAAGUUUUUGAAUACUUUGAUGAUUUAUUAUUUACAACUUAUCAUAGAAUUAAAGCUUGUGAAUGUGAAUGGGGUUGUCCCAAUUGUGUGGCUGGUACUCAUUGUAGUGAGAUGCUGACAGUUAUGUCAAAGCCUGGAGCUAUGAUUAUUUUAGCAUCCCUUUUAGGUCUUGAUCUUGAAACGGAAUUCAAGAAUCUUCGAAUGGGUCCAGAACUUAAUAUGCCUGAAAUUAGUCAUGAAACUAUAGAAACCAAAAGUUCAAUAGUCAAGUUUGCUAAAGAUGUUCAGAUAGUUAAAGUUCGUAAAGCUCGAAAAUCUCUUCAACCAAUUACAGUAAAGAAAGAAGAGUAG